UUAUCUUUCUUCCUUUGCAUCAACAUACAAAACAAAAGCUUUGCUUCUGCCUUCCCUCCAUUAUAAAAGUAAAAAAGAAGAAGAGGGAAAGACAGAUUUAGAGAAAGAUACAACAAUGUUGCCUUAAAGACUCUACUCUUUCUAGAUCUGUGCUUUUGUUAUUCAACAUUUUGCAAAACAAGGCAUUUUUGUUCCCUGUAUUCUUUAGUAGAAAAGCAAAUGACAGACAGCAAGCUUCUUCUUUGCUGUUUCAUUGCGUGCGUUUUGUUUGUUGGCGUCAUUGGAGAAAACCCUUAUCGGUAUUUCACUUGGAAAGUCACGUACGGUGAUGUCUACCCUCUCGGCGUUAAGCAACAGGGGAUCUUAAUAAAUGGGCAGUUUCCAGGGCCUCACAUCGAUGCAGUUACUAAUGAUAACCUUAUUAUCAGUGUUUAUAACUACUUGAAUGAACCAUUCCUCAUCUCUUGGAAUGGAGUGCGGCAGUGGAGGAACUCAUGGCAAGAUGGAGCAUUAGGCACAAAUUGUCCUAUUCGACCGGGGAAAAAUUUCACUUACGUUCUCCAAAUGAAAGAUCAGAUUGGUACCUUUUUCUACUUCCCAUCACUUCUAUUCCAUAAGGCUGCUGGAGGAUAUGGUAGCAUCAGAAUCUGGAGCCGUCCUAAGAUCCCGGUACCUUAUCCCGCACCCGCUGGGGAUUUCGUUGUACUGGCUGGGGACUGGUAUAAGAGAAAUCACUAUGUAUUGAGACGUUUCUUGGACAGUGGUCAUAACCUUCCCUUCCCUGACGGGCUUAUUAUUAAUGGUCGAGGGUGGAAUGGAUACACAUUCCAGGUUGAUCCGGGUAGGACAUACAGGUUUAGGGUAUCGAAUGUUGGGAUCGCAACUUCAAUUAACUUUAGGAUCCAGGGGCACAAGCUGAAGCUCAUAGAAGUAGAAGGGUCUCAUACAAUUCAGAACACCUACAGUUCUUUCGAUAUCCAUCUCGGGCAGUCAUGCUCUUUCUUGGUCACUGCUGAUCAGGUGCCGCAGGAUUACUAUGUCAUUGUCUCUUCCCGGUUCACUCGUCGUGUGCUCACAACAACUGCCAUUCUUCACUAUAGCAAUUCUAAAAAGGGAGUUUCUGGUCCAGUUCCUGGGGCUCCCACAGUUCAAAUUGCUCCAUCAGUCAUGCAGGCGAGAUCCAUACGACGGAAUCUGACAGCGAGUGGACCGAGACCUAAUCCCCAAGGCUCCUACCACUAUGGAAUGAUUACCCCAAGCCGCACCAUCAUGGUUGCAAACUCCGCUCCUUAUAUUAAUGGAAAGCAGAGGUAUGCUGUCAAUGGUGUCUCAUAUGUUCCACCAGAUACUCCAUUAAAACUAGCAGAUUACUUCAAGAUUCCGGGAGUCUUCAACCUCGGAAGCAUUCCUACCUGGCCUCCUUCAGGAAACAAUGCCUAUUUUCAGACUUCUGUCAUGGCAGCCAACUUCCGAGAAUAUGUUGAAAUUGUAUUUCAAAACUGGGAGGACACCGUGCAGUCAUGGCAUUUAGACGGUUAUUCCUUCUUUGUCGUAGGGAUGGAAGGAGGCCAAUGGACGCCUGCCAGUAGAAAAGCGUACAACUUGAGAGACACGGUAUCCCGCUGCACUACUCAGGUGUAUCCAAGGUCAUGGACCGCCAUCUACGUGGCUCUGGACAACGUGGGGAUGUGGAAUAUAAGGUCUGAUAACUGGGCCAGGCAAUAUUUAGGGCAGCAGUUUUACCUCAGGGUUUACUCGCCGGCAAAUUCAUGGAGAGAUGAAUUACCGAUCCCAAGGAAUGCUCUUCUCUGUGGCCGGGCCAAAGGGCGCCACACGAGGCCUUUUUAGAUUAGCAAAACUGGAAGGAAUGACAAUGUCAUGAAGGGGUGACAUGAGAUAUGAUGAACAAAAUUUAAGUUAUUAACAGCGGGAGCUCAGCUUGAGCUUUUCCAGUCAAUUCUUUGUUUGCUUUGAGUAUUUCCAUGUUUCUGUGAGAUCAUUAUCGAAUUGUAAGCCUUGUACUCCUAGGACUUUCUCAUUUCGGCCUUCAACUUUCAGAUUCCCCAGUCGAUUAUUUUCCCGGAAAACAUUAGAAUUGUUGAAUAUUCUUCAAUGAUGCAUUUUUCUAUUUCAACUCCAA